GCCAUGAAGGAGUGCGAGUACCGGCAGAUCCCGCCCGGGAUAGCGGGGCCGGUACCGGGUACCGUCGCUUCAUCACCCCCGCCAGCCGCCGGCCUGGAGCGGUCCGGGACGAUCCGCCGACCUCGGCGGAAGUGGGAGGUUUUCCCCGGUCGCAAUCGCUUCUAUUGCGGCGGCCGCCUCAUGCUGGCCCGGCACAGCGGAGUCUUCGCCCUCACCCUCGGCCUCAUCCUGGCCACCAGCGGGCUCUUCUUCGCCUUCGACUGCCCCUUCCUUGCCAGUCACCUCACCUUGGCCAUCCCCAUCAUUGCAGCCGUCCUCUUCUUCUUUGUCAUCAGCUGCCUGCUCCAGACGAGCUUCCGAGACCCGGGCAUCCUGCCCAGAGCCACCCCAAGCGAGGCCGCGGACCUGGAAAAGCGGAUCGACAGCAUGGGCACCUCCACCUACCGCCCACCAGCCCGCACCAUGGAGGUGGUGAUAAACAAGUACGUGGUGAAGCUCAAGUACUGCUACACCUGCAAGAUGUUCCGUCCUCCCCGCACCUCUCACUGCAGCGUCUGCGACAACUGCGUGGAGAGGUUUGAUCACCACUGCCCCUGGGUGGGCAACUGCGUGGGGAAGCGCAACUACCGCUACUUCUACGCCUUCAUCCUCUCCCUCUCCUUCCUGACAGCCUUCAUCUUCGCUUGCGUCGUCACCCACCUCACCCUGCGCUCUCAGACAGAUGGAUUCCUCACCACUCUGAAGACGACACCGGCCAGUGUGCUGGAGCUGGUGAUUUGUUUUUUCUCCGUCUGGUCUAUUUUGGGCCUCUCAGGUUUUCACACUUAUUUGGUCGCCUCCAACCUGACGACGAACGAAGAUAUCAAAGGGUCCUGGUCAAACAAGAGGGGCUCAGAGUUUGCCAAUCCCUACAGCCAUAAAAGUAUCCUCACAAACUGCUGUGCGGUGCUGUGUGGACCAUUCCAUCCCAGCUUGAUAGACAGAAGAGGAUUUAUCCAGCCAGAUGUCGGGACCCCCGCCAGUCCUAAGAGUGAAAUCCCUUCCUUUGGAGCCAAAGCUGACACCAGCAUGGUAGGAGGCAUCCCCUAGCAGUGCUGUGACGUAGCCCAGUGCCUGCACCUCGUUCCAGCCGGUACCUUCCCCUCGUGCCAUCUCCCCAGCCUCAGGCGGGACAGCCCUGCGACGCAGAGCUGCCAAAGACUCAGUCGAGCCAUUCGUUGCCUUUCUUUUUUCUUUUUUUUUUUUUAAUUAAUUUAUUUUAAUUUGUUUAUUUGUUUCACUGUGAUGUGGCCUGUCGGGACUUUGGACUGGUAGAGCCCAACAGCGCGCGAGACCCUCAGACUCGUGCAGAAAAAGUGGGGAAAUUCACUUCCCUGCUGCGUCUGGGAAGCGAGUGGAUCUGGGGAGCCACCAGAGCUCCGAGCCUGGAGUGUCUGCUCCAGGGAUUUCGCUGUGUUUCCUGCCGGGAAUACUGAGGUGGGAGGUGGGGACUGGUUUCCACUCUGAGCUGGGCUGUCACGCCUCGUCUUCUGGGCUGGUGGAGGUGUAUGUUCCCUCUGGCUGCCCCUGUCACCUCCGUGAUCAUGUCCCUCUCCCCUGUGCCGACGUGGAAGGGCUGUUCUGUCCCUAAAUGGCCGGGUUCUCACCUCGGCCGCUGCUGGAGCAGCUUUUCUUUUCCAGAAGCUGCUGUGCCUUGGUAAGUUGGGGCUGUUCAGUUGGGAGGGCUCUGGCUCCCAGCAAACGUGGCAGCUUGUCCCAGCUGCUGUUGGUCCUAUUUUCUGGCUGGUUACUGGGAGGGUGCUGAAAACCUCGUUGUGUUUUGGCCCUGCCAGUCGUCAGUAAGAGAAGGUUUUGCAGCAAGGAUACAAAUUAGGAUGACCCUCCUUUUAAUGGGGAAGAAGAAACACGCAGUGCCCCUGUGACUCUCAUCAUGAGAUGCUGGUUGGCCAGGCUACAGCUGUAAGAUUUGGGAACCUUUGCUGUGCCAGAAAAGCCUGGUUACGUCCCAUCCCCAGGAGACCAAAAGGCAACAGGAAAGUGGGUGAAAUCCCCAGGUGGAGUUUCCCAGAGGAAGCAGUUGGUGGGUGCUGGUCUCUGGUAACCUCACCUCCUGCUCUUGGGUUGGGUUUCUGGCCAGCAGAUGAGAGCAGGGCUGUCCCCAAGCACCUCCAGAGCGAUUUCCAUGUGCCUGGAUGCAUCCUCGAGCAUCACUCUGUGCCCACAGAGGCACGGGAGAGCCAGACUGACACUGGGGUGUGCGCAGAGGAGAGUCACAGACCUUGUUAGCAAUACUUGAAUCAUGUGAUUAAAAGCUGCUGGAUAUUUUUGCACAAUUUGUAGAUUAUUUUUUUUUUACUAUGUAGAAUGUUUUAUAUUCGGUGCAGGUAGCGUUGUGCAUGUUAGCACCAGGGCAGAGGCUUGCAGUAUUUCGUGUCAAGCUCCCUGGUGAGGUUUCCCCGGGUCAGAUGCGUGUGUUUUAACCUCAGGCAGAGGCAGCACAUUUCUGGGGGGGCACCCCAUCCCCCGUGAACUCACCAGCGUUGUGCUUUGCACACUGAUGGUGCCGGCCCACACGCAGCUUCGGGGGGUGCUGGGGGAUGGCAGGGGCACAAUGUUCCCCUGGCCUCAUGUGGCUGGGUGGCUGCAGAGGGCUAAUGUUUGUUUGCUGUGGCCACCAGCUCUACCUUCCCCUCCACGAAGAGCUGAGGUGGGAGCAGGGCAGCAGAGGCUGCUGAAUUCCUUCUGGAUCCCUCCUGGAUCCCAGCAGAUGGCCCUUGCUUUGUGCCAUCUCAUGGGCCAGGCCCUUUAGCACGUGGCUGUGGCCUGUGUUGCAUCUGGAGAAGCCACCCUGCCCUUCCCUCCCCUCUUCUCCUCCAGGGAUGUCCCCCGAGGGGCUUGUCCCUUCCUUCCAGGAGCUGUGGGGCCGAGCUGUGCCCAGAGGGACUGGUGCUGGGGAGUGAGGAGCAGUGGGGGGGGUUGUUAUCAGGGGCCAAACUCCUUCCUGUUUUUAUUUAAACCAGUUUCCUUUGUUACUCAACAUAAUAAAAUUCUAUUUUUAAAGAGUUUAA